AUGACUACGCCCCGUGUCUUCAUCAUCCGCCACGGCGAGACCGAGUGGUCGCUCAGUGGUCGACAUACCGGAGUCACUGAUAUCCCAUUGACGGCCAAUGGAGAGCGGCGAAUCAUGGCCACUGGCCGGGCAAUGGUUGGCAAGGACCGGCUGAUUGUUCCCAAGAAGCUGGCUCACAUCUACGUCUCUCCCCGUCGCCGUGCCCAACGCACCUUUGAGCUCCUUCAUCUCGACCUCCCCGAACCGCUUCCGUGGCAGUGUCACGGCUCCUCCGACGGCCGCACCUCGCCACCGCACCUCUGCAAUGCCCGGGUCGAGAUCGCGCCCGACGUGCGCGAGUGGGACUACGGCGACUACGAGGGCAUCACAUCGCCCGAGAUCCGGGCCAAACGUGUUGCUCAGGGCAUCCCUGGCCGCUGGGACAUUUGGCGUGAUGGCUGUCCCGGAGGCGAGUCACCCGCCGAGAUCACAGACCGGCUCGACGCCCUGAUUGCCGACCUUCGCGAGCGCUUCCACAAGCCCGCACUCGAGGCCAUGGUCAAGGCCAAGACUACCGGCACCAAGGCGGCCAAGGACGCUUCUGCCUCUCUUGCUGGUGACGUCCUCAUCGUCGCCCACGGACACAUCCUGCGGGCCCUGGCCAUGCGUUGGGUCGGUGCUGCACUGCAGGACGGGCCGACCUUCCUUCUCGAGGCCGGCGGCAUCGGAACACUGAGCUACGAACACAACAACAUCGAAGAGCCGGCCAUCCUUCUGGGCGGUGCCUUCACAGUCGAUCUGGAUACGGAUGGCGAAGAGAACCAGGCACUUGCCAUGGCACUCGCUCGUAUCUCCGUCGGCCGGGUCAACCUGGGUAGCUCGGGCGGAGAUGUUACGGAGUGGAAUGGGGGUGGAGAGAAGGCGGAGUGGACCGACAGUGAGAUCUAA